AUUCACCAUUCAAUCUAUUAUAUUUUAAAUAGGCAAUAUUGUAACAAAUGAAUGAAAAGGUGACACGAACCAGACAAAAGUUGACAUUUUCAGUACAUCUAAGUUGCCAACCUAUAUUCCACACAGUAGUGGGGAAAAACUGAGAAAGGAAAAAAGUUUUUAGCUUACUAGAAGCUGAGUCAGCAGAAAUAACAUGAAUGUCAACCACAUUCACAUCAUCUCCAAAAAUACUGUUUUUAGACAAAUAGGGGGUGAGCAGCGGGAUGGCUGAGUUGGGUCCAUUGUUGUUUCACACCUAGAGGAACUGGGGGUUGAAUCUCACCCUCCUUCCUACAUGCUUGGAGGUUGCACGCUUUGCUGAUAGUGUGUGGGUUAAUUCCUAUAGCGCAGAGACAUGCAAUUAGGCUAUUUGGAGCUUUCAAAUCACAACGUAGUGUAUGUCUGUGUGUGUGGCCUACAAUGAACUCAGCCCCAAGCCCUGUACUACCUGGGACAGACUCCAAGCCCUGCUUGGAAAAAAAACAGGUUGGAAGAUAAGAUUGAUGAAAACCAGAGGCUUGAAGAUAAAUUACAUUCAUGAUAAAAAAAGACAGAAAAAAGUGAUGCCCAAAAAUUAUAUGCUUAUUGACUGCCGGAUUUAUUGCAUAAUUUUAUUAGAUUAACAAGCAAAGUCGAAUCAGUUUAGAUAAGCCAGAGUCGAACCAUAUGAAAUGUCUUAUUGCUCAGUGGAGAAAUUGCCUCUGCUUUAGUGGCCUUUCACACCUUAGCCACGUCUGUUGUGCCGUAUUUAUUUUAAGCUUUUGUGUUUAGCUAUGAUCAAAAAAGUGUGCUAGAGUUCAUUGCUACACUUCUCUGAUCUUGUACCGAUGCUUUUUCUUUGCAAGGAAUAAAUAUAUCAAGAUAUAUCAACAAAACGUAGCAAAGGUCUGUUUCAUGCAGUCCAUGCACACGGUGCAUAUCUCACAGAUUCCAACACGUAUGAACGGCCGUCAUCUGUACGCACAAUGGGGAGCAGAAGUGCUUCUUACAUCCACAUGUGCAAACAGCUGCUUGGCCGAAUGGCCCCCUCUCGUUUGUAAAUUUCUUCUGUUCUUAUGUUCUUAUGGUCUGUUCAAUACUGUGGCUUGAAGCCUUGUUUCGGUGGCCAUAGCACACUGCACUGAUAAGCACAGUACAUAAACACUCGUGUCAGUAUUUUCAUGUUAAUAGUUAUACAGUUAUCACAUCAACCACCAAACAUAUGUAUAUAGACACAUUAGCAUGUAUACAACUCUAAUGUUACUGUCUAUGAAAGACAUCAGGGCUCUGACAUGUAUGGAUCUAAGCCACUGUGACUUAAUUAAAAGACUCUCUCAUGCCUAAACACGCCAUCCCAUUUCUUGCCCAUCCUCCACGUAACUCCAGAAUGCUGGAAGUGAAUCGCACUUUUCUGCCCCAUAGACCCAAGGCCCUUUCAGCUCUUCACAAGGCCUCUAUAGAGGCUCCCCUCCCACUGACAAAGUCAUGCAUUCCUCACAUUUUUAUUGCCCACUGUACAAAUUUUAUGAAUUUUAUGGUUGCAGGCAUUUCAUAGGUUUAUGGGGGUUUUGAUUAUUUUGCAACCGGUUGGUAUCAAUUAUUAAUAAGCUUUUCCUGAAUUUUAACAUCAGCAGAUUUUUUUCCAUGGUAUGUUUCUCCUGAUUCUAUCAUCCAUUAACUCAGUUCCUUAUAUAACCAAAUGGCGAGUCAGACCUUUUCACUGCCCUGGACCCCAGCCUACAGAGGAGCUGGGCCACUGAUACCUUUCAUUUACUUUUGUUUUUGUUAGCAAACACGUCCAAUAGACGAUAAGUAUGAGGUUAACUCCAGCAUUUUGGGCCGUGGUGGGAGUUCUCACACUUGGCGCCGCAGCGGAUCAGUACCGGGAGAGAGCUUUGGAGCUCAUGAGGACGACUCCUCUGAUCGACGGGCACAACGAUCUGCCCUGGCAGCUGAAGAUACUCUUUAACAACCAACUCAACCAUGUAGACCUGCAUUCGCUAAACAACACGCACACCAACAUCCCCAAAAUCAAGGCUGGCCGACUGGCGGCACAGUUCUGGGCUGCUUACGUUCCGUGUGAAACGCAGAACAAGGAUGCUGUCAGGCAGACGCUCGAGCAGAUAGAUUUAAUCCACAGGAUGUGUGACAAAUACCCAGAAGAACUCACAUUUGCUGAAAGCAGCCAAGAUAUAAUGGACGCCUUUGUGCAGAACAAGACGGCCAGUCUAAUAGGCAUAGAGGGCGGCCAUUCCAUUGACAGCAGCCUGGGCUCGCUGCGCAGCAUGUACCUCUUGGGGGUGCGCUACCUCACACUCACGCACAGCUGCAAUACACCAUGGGCUGAUAACUGGCUGGUGGACACCGGAUCUACACCGUCUGAGAACAAUGGACUUUCAGAGUUUGGAAUUCGAUUAAUAAGAGAGAUGAACCGCUUGGGCAUGCUGGUGGACUUGGCUCACGUCUCCGUGGAGGUGAUGAAGAAGGUGUUGCAGGUGUCAGAGGCACCGGUCAUCUUCAGCCACUCCUCCGCCUUCGCCGUGUGUCCCAGCAAGAGAAAUGUGCCUGACGAGGUGCUCAGUAUGGUGAAAGACAAACAAGGCGUGGUGAUGGUGAACUUCUACAAUGACUAUGUGACUUGCAGUAGCAGAGCCAAUCUCUCGCAGGUGGCAGAUCACUUUGAUUACAUUAAGAAGGUGGCUGACGCAAGCAUCAUUGGUUUUGGUGGGGAUUAUGACGGAGUUGGAAGGGUCCCCGAAGGCCUCGAGGACGUCUCUAAGUAUCCCGAUCUCGUAGCAGAACUGCUGAGGAGGAACUGGUCAGACCAGGAAGUGAAGAUGGCCUUGGGGGAAAACCUGCUGAGGGUCUUCAAAGCGGUAGAGAAAGUGCGGGAUAGCAUGAAACGGACUGCUCCAGACGACGUGCCGAUCCCCUAUGAGCAGGUCCAGAACCCCUGCAGGACCAGCUACGGCUACCCGCCGGACGACAGCGCCAGCAGCCUCCUGCCCCUCAGCCCCAUGCUGCUGAUCCUGGCACAAACCCUGUCCCACCUCUAGAUGGCGGUAACAGAAAGGUAGCGCUGCACUGCAGACUGAUGGUUAUGGGACAGAGAUGACAACCACACGGUGGCCUCUUCAGAUGGACAAAGCAGUUUUUCCUAACCUAAUUCCCCAGUUCAAAAAAAUUAAAAGAACCAUGCUAACUGCAGAAUUAUAAAGGUAUGAAGGCCACAGUGGAGAAAGGAUAGGAGGUUUCUCCCAAGCAAAGACUGUGGCUCUGCUGGUUACGAGUCUGCGCCGGUACCUAGAAGAUCAGUGGUUUGAAUCCCAUGACCUGCAGAGUAAUCACAGCAAAGCCCUCACACCCAAAAGGUAACCCACUGCCCUGCCCCAAGCUCUGCUCUCACAGGAGACCAAGGUGGGCUAUUUUAAAACCAAAGAAUUCCAAUGUUUCCAUACUUGUAUAUACAAUUGACAAAUAAAGUACCAUCAUGAUAUAAUGGCAUCACCACAA